AGGAGAGAGAAAGACACAGAGAGAGGCCGAGGAGAGAGAUAGAGAGACAAAGGGGGGAGAGACCAAGCGCCAGAGACACAGAGAGAGGCGGAGGGGAGAGAGAGAGGGGACAUCGUGAGAGGGAGGGAGGGAGGGAGGGGUUUUUGGCGAGAUUUGAGUUUUCCCACGCUCCCGCCAUGGUGUCCGACCAGGAGAUCGCCAGCUGCGUCGAGUCCCUCCUCCGCGGCUACGCCGGCGGCCCCGGGGAGGCCUCCUUCGCCGCUGUGCUGCAGCAGGCGGAGGCCAAGCUCGGCAUGGACCUCUCCCAGAAGGCGCCCUUUAUCCGCGACCAGAUGGACCUCUUCUUCGGCCCGCGCCUCCAGGCGCCGCCGCCCAAAGCCCAGACCCCUCCGCCUCAGGUCACCGCGGCCCCCCUGCCGCAGCCUCAGGCUCAGGCUCAGGUCCUCGUCCAGAUGGAGGCGACCCCGCCGCAGCAGAUGCAACAGCAGCUCUCGGCGCUCCAGCCGCAGCUCAUCUUCCAGGCCAUGGCCAAUCUCCCCGCGGUCAUCCCCGGUGCCACCGUCCCCGCGGUCUCCUCGCCGCCGGCCGUUCCCGCCAUGGCGUUCUACCCGCCGCCACCCCUCGCUUUCCGCUAUACCAGCGGCCUGGGUGGGGCCGCCACUGGUGGGACCGUCUCCUUCCAGCAGCCGAACCCUGGGGUUGGGGGCACUGCUUCCCCCACCGCUGGAGCGCAGGCCGCUAGUGACAACAAGGAAAGUGCUUCUAAGCGGAAAAGAGGUGGACCUGGUGGUUUAAAUAAAGUAUGUGCAGUUUCACCUGAACUUCAGACCAUUGUUGGCGAGACUGCCAUGUCAAGAACUCAGAUUGUCAAGCAGUUGUGGGCGUAUAUCAGGCAGAAUAAUCUUCAAGAUCCCGAUGACAAAAGGAAGAUCAUUUGCAAUGAUGAACUUCGUGUGGUUUUUGAAACUGACUCCACCGACAUGUUUAAAAUGAAUAAAUUGUUGGCUAAGCACAUAACCCCUCUUGACCCAAAAGAUCAAGUCCAUGAAGUAAAAAGAAUGAAGACUCCCACUGAGAAUCCUCAACCUAGGCCUCCUAUUAAUCAACCCUCCUUUGUUAUUUCUGAUGCGCUAGCAAAGUUCAUUGGGACACAAGGAACAGUGCCUCAAGAUGAUGCUCUGAAAUACCUCUGGGAUUACAUAAAAGCAAACCAACUCGAGGAUGUCAUCACCGCAUCAAUAUUAUGUGAUUCAAAACUUCAAGAGCUCUUUGGCUGUGAGAGCAUUCCUAUUUCAGGGUUAUCAGAAAUGCUUGCUCACCACUUCAUCAAGAAUACAUAGCAAAUCCUCAUUAACUGAUCUAGGAUUGCAGUGGUGGCAGAUAGGCCUAACAUUACAAUAUGGUGUUCUUGACAAAAUGGACAGCAUAGCUUAUGUAUUUCUCCAAUGUUAUGGAAUAUGAAUUGUGCCAGACAAGAAUAGAUUAUUUGUGGUAGCCUGUAAUUUGUUAUGUCUGCUGGCUACUGCUUCGGUGCCUGGUGUAACCUUUACUGAAUUCGUAGUGUUAGUUCCUAAAUGUCAAAAUGUCAUUGCUGACUAUGUAAAGUUAACCUUUCAAUUUGAAUGCCAGGUUAGACUCUUAAGAUGCA